CCCUUCAGGUAGGCAGUUUGACCUGGAAUUCCUAGUACACGUAUAGCGACAAUCUACAUUGUGAUGUGCUUUGUCUGAUUUAGGUGGAAACCCUGACGUUGGAUAAAGUUGGUGACUUGAGACGGCAAAUAUGUCAAAAGGAAGAGUGUCGAAGACGGACUCCAUAUUGAUUGUGGCUAUUGACUUUGGAACAACAUACUCUGGCUAUGCCUUUCAAUUUCGGCAUGACUAUGAGUCAGACAGAAUUGGAAGCAUAUUUGCAAACACAUCUUGGACGGCACAAAGCGGAAAUGGUCUGACGUCAUGGAAAACGCCAACCACUUUGCUUUUAAAUCCGGAUAGCACUUUCAAUUCGUUUGGUUACGAUGCUGAAGAGGAAUAUCAGGAGUUGAUAGAAAACGAAGAACACCACGACUUUCAUUAUUUCCGUCGAUUCAAAAUGAUGCUUCAUAACAAAGUGAUUAUGAAUCGUGACGUCGAAAUUGAAGAUUCAGGUGGUCGCAAGUAUUCUGCCCGAACAGUUUUCAAACACUCGAUUGACUUCUUGAAUAAGCAUUUCUUCAAGACUAUUGAAAAUCGUUCCUUAGGUAUAGAAUAUAAGCACAUCCAAUGGGUCCUUACAGUACCUGCAAUAUGGAACGAGCCCGCUAAACAAUUUAUGAGAGAAGCUGCUGUGGAAGCAGGAAUACCAUCAAAUAGAUUGCAGCUAGCUCUUGAACCGGAAGCUGCUUCAUUAUUUUGUAAAUAUGUUCCAUCAGAGAUGCAGACAGACGAGGACGGACUGAAUACGAAAAUAGUUCCAUUUAGCAUUGGGACUCGUUAUAUGAUUCUUGAUCUCGGAGGCGGAACUGGUGACGUCACAGUUCAUGAAGUCGUCGACGAAGACUCACUUAAGGAACUCAACGUUGCUAGCGGAGGUGCUUGGGGAGGUACGAAUGUGGACAGGGCCUAUUUCAACAUGCUUAAAUCUAUCUUUGGGGAGGAUACUCUGAAGAAAUUCAAAAUCGAAAGGCGGACAGAUAUGUUAGAGUUUCAGAGAGACUUUGAGAUGAAAAAGAGACAUAUCCGAGAUAAGUUGGGACAAAGCAUUCGACCAGUCAUCAUCUCUAUUCCAGCGCAACUUUCAGAAUUUAUAAAAGAAAUAAAAGGCAUUAGUUUACAGGAUGCGGUUGCAAAUUCGGAAUUCGCUGACAAAAUUAAAAUCAAACCAGGAAACAAGCUUGCUAUUGCUAGGGAAUUAAUGGAAGAGCUCUUUGACGGCCCAAGAAAAGAAAUUAUAAGCCAUGUUCGAAACAUUCUGGAAAACCAAGAUUCUGAACACAGGAUAUCGGCCAUUUUGAUGGUUGGUGGAUUCUCUACAUCCAAUAUAAUAGUAGAUGCUGUGAGACAAGCAUUUCCCCAUCUCCGCGUUGUGGUGCCCCCGGAGCCGGACUUGGCGGUUGUUAAAGGAGCUGUGUUAUAUGGUCAUGCUCCGUUGACCAUUUCUUCCCGUGUCUGCAAAUAUACAUAUGGGGUUGCUAUUUACGUCGAUUUCAAUGAUAAAAUACACCCACCUGAAAAAAGGGUCCAAAUAGACGAAGACGACCACAAGGAAGUGCUUUGUAAAGAUGUCUUCAGCCAAUUUAUUGGGGUCGGUGAAAGUGUUAGUGUCAAUGGCAGCGUUGACAAAAUAUACGAUGUGACAAAGCCACACGCUCCAAUGUCUCUACAAAUAUUUGCAACCCCCGAGAAAAGCCCGUUGUUCACAACAGACAAGUACUGCGAGAUGCUGGGUACCAUCACUAUCAACCCACCACAAGAUGGAUGGAAGAAAGGCGCAAAAAUUAAAGUGUCUAUGAAAUUUGGGGGAGCAGAGUUCGAAGUUCAUGCCACUGACUUUCAAAAUCCAAACACAUUCUACUCCACACACUUCGAUUUUCUGUUGUAAUUUUAUUUUGGUUUACGCCAUGUGUCAUGAAUUGACAAAGAGAAUCUUCAAAGAUGUUACCGUCCAUAUUCUUCUCAAACCCUGAAGACAAGUUACAGAUGUCUAUACAAUUAACUUCAUUGUAAAGAUGGACUGAGUUACGGCGGUAUAAUAGGAAAGUAAUGAAUGAUUACAUGCUUAAAGAUAUUAGUAUAAUU